GCAGUGUCCUAAUUGGGGCGUCUGACUAUCAGUCAAAAAAUAUUUACUGCUGGCAGGUGGUGCUUUAACAGAGAUCCAGGUGUGUGGAACGAGAAACAGGAAGUUCAUCUUUCGGAAUCGAAAGAGGGAUCAAACAUGUCCAAUGAUGUCAGAUAUUGUGAGAAGUUCUCCUACGUCUUCCUAAAGUUCGCCCUCAUUGUAUAUUCCACUAUCUUCUGGCUGGUUGGGGGGUUCGUCCUAGCCAUCGGUAUCUAUGCGGAGGUGGAGCGACAGCGUUACAAAACCCUGCAGGGGGUGUUCCUGGCCCCCGCCAUCAUCCUCAUCGUCCUAGGGGUGGUGAUGUUCAUUGUCUCCUUCAUCGGUGUGUUAGCCUCCCUCAGGGACAACCUGCUGCUCCUCAAAGUGUUUCUCUACACCUUGACAGUCUGUCUUAUUCUGGAGCUCCUCGGUGGCAUCCUGGCUCUGGUUUUCAGGCAUCAGACAGUGGAUCUCUUAAACAAAAACAUUCGCAAAGGAAUGGUGAAUUACUACGAUGAUCUGGAUUUCAAAAACAUCAUGGACUUUGUUCAGAGAAAGUUCAAAUGUUGUGGAGGGCAGGAGUACAAAGACUGGGAAGUGAACAUGUACCAUAACUGUACAGCUCCUGGACCGCUGGCUUGUGGAGUGCCUUACACCUGCUGCCUCGAAAACAAGCCUAAUGAAGUUGCCAACACACUAUGUGGAUUUAAGGUCCUUGAAAAUGAGAGGCUGGCCUUGCAGAACGUCAUCUACAUCAGAGGUUGUACUGAUGCUGUCUUCAUCUGGCUCAUGGAUAACUAUAAGAUAAUGGCUGGCUUGCUGCUUGGCAUCUUAUUCCCCCAGUUCUUGGGCGUGAUCAUUAGCUGGCUCUACAUCACACGAGUGGAGGAUGCCAUUGCUGAGUAUGGUAACUACCAGGAUGGACUGCUGGACGCAGGGGACAGUGAUGGCUUCAGGGAACCCAAGAAGCAGAGCAGAAUGGCCAAAUGUUGCAGGUGCAUGCCAGAGAUCGACUGAGCGUGCCUCAUGUUAUCUAACAAGCCUAAAACACUGCUGUGCCUGCCUCAGCCUUCCAACACACUGGAGCUAUCAGCUCAAGUUUUACAACCACUGUUCAGAGACCUUUUAGUGUGUGUUUUUGGUUCUAUUCAGGGAUUUUGUUUUUCAGGGGCUCAUUUAUUAAGGUUUUAUUAGGAUGGAAGGGUAUACAUACCGGUAUGUGCCUGUGCUGUGUGAAAAAUAAAUGGCUUUUUAUUAUUAUUAUUUUUCCUCUUUGGUGAAGUAUCGAUUUUAUAUAUAGAUUUACAGCAAAAACAUUAAACAUUUUCUGUAAUACUAAAUACAAAUAUGUAGCUCACUAGCCAGCCCCUCAUAGGAAUACUAAUAUUUCAAUCAUUAUUACCUCAGACUACUGUAUUGAUGCCAAUUAAUUAAAUGGGACAUUUUUAGCUGUUCAAAGAGAUAUAUUUUCUAUGGUGAAUUUUAUGUAGGGUACCUACCUUGAUUUUUCAUAAUCAUUGGAGAUGUCAUGGGUUCAACACAUUUAAAGGAGUAGUUCAGGAUUUUGGUAAUGAGGCCCUCCAUCUACUUCCCCAGAGUCCGAUUAACUGGUGGAUACCAUUUGUAUGUACCUCCAAUUGAGAUGGUUUAGAAUGAGUUGGACAGCAGAGUGAAGGAAAAGCAGCUAACAAGUGCUCAUCAUAUGUGGGAACUCCACUGUUGGAAAGGCAUUUCUCAUGAAACUGGUUGAGAGAAUGCCAAGCGUGUGCAAAGCUGUCAUCAAGGCAAAGGGUGGCUACUUUGAAGAAUCUAAAAUCCAAAAUAUAUUUUGAUUUUGUAUAGCACUUUUUGGUUACUACAUGAUUCCACGUGUGUUAUUUCAUAGUUUUUUGAUGUCUUCACAAAACCCUCAAUGAGUAGGUGUCCAAACUGUAUGUCUGUUAAAAGCAUGGUCGUAUGGGAUUGCAUGCCUAGUUUUAAAGGCUAACUGUUACAUACUUAUCCAGACCAUCAGCCUGUUUCUAUGGAAAAGGACUAAAUGAGAUGGUUCUCCUGAGACAGAACGAUGAAUGACUUCAUAUUUGAAUCCAUCCACACCAAAUGGGAAGUUAAACAAAUGGUCAACUUAUUUUCAAACUCAUUUUUGACUCAAAUUACAUCAAAUGAAUGUCAGUCAAAACUAUUGAUUAUGUAUUUGUGACAAACUUUUAAGGUGCCAUCAGAUUUAUUUUGUAUUUUUUUAGAUCUCGCUUUGAAAUCUUCUUACUGUUCAGUUGUGGUGGAGGUUAUAAAGUUCUCUUUUUUUAUGCUGUUUAUUUUUUGUGUGUGAGCUCACUGUAAUACUUUUGAGUAUUUAUAUAGCGAUCUGGUGAAUAAAUCAAUCCUAUUUACAGUCCUGUU